GUCAAACUGGAUUCCUCCUUCACGGAGAAAGCAUCUCCAGGGACAGUCCCCAACCCGGUCCUCAUGCUGCUGGGACUUGUGCUGCUGAUGUGCGCUGCCCCCUGCGAACCAGCCAGUGAAGCACUGCUUCUGACAGCCAGGCCCUCUCGGCCCAGGGAGGGGGACUCGAUGACCCUGACCUGUGAGAUGCAGGCCACUUCUCAGAAGCUGGGUGUCCCAGUCCAGUUCUGCUUCUUCAGAGACAGUCAGGCCCUGGGGCAGGGCUGCAGCCGCUCCCCAGAGCUCCACCUCCCGACCGUGUGGAGGGAAGACUCGGACUCCUACUGGUGUGAAGCAAAGAUCUCGACGAUCAGAGUCACUUGGAGCCCCAGGAUCCAGAUACAGGUGCAAGACAACGAUGCGUCCACGGUGCUGGGAAGAGGAUGUGGAAUACCUCCAGAAGGAGUCCCCGUCUGGAACGUGAGCUUGGAGACACAGCCUCCAGGGGGACAAGUGCAGAAGGGAAAGAAGUUGGUUCUCAUCUGCUUGGCCACCCAGGGCACAGGAGGCAUCACCUUCUCCUGGUACAAAGGGGCCCUGGGUUUGAUCCUGAAAACAAAGACCGAGCGUUCACUCACUGCCACGUUCGAGAUCCCGGCAGUGACCGACAGCGACGCAGAGAAAUACUACUGCACGGCCGACAACGGCUACGGCCCCAGCAUCAGCGAGCUGGUGAGCGUCGCUGUCAGAAGUCCAGUGUCCCAUCCCGUCUUCACCCUCAGGGUGCCCGGGGCCCAGGCCUUUCCUGGGGACGUGGUGGAGCUUUGCUGUGAGGCCCAGAGCGGCUCUCCCCCGAUCCAGUACUGGUUUUACCACGAGGACGUCAUCCUGGGGAGCAUCUCGGCCCCCUCUGGAGGAGAAGCCUCCUUCAACCUCUCUCUGACCGCAGAACGUUCUGGAAACUACUCCUGUGAGGCCGACAACGGCCUGGGGGCCCAGCGCAGCGAGGCGGUGACCCUCAGCGUCACAGAGCCUGUGGAGGACAAAAAGGAACUUCUCGCCUCAGGAGUCCUGGAGGGGCUGCUUGGCACCCUUGGUCCCACCGUUAUGGCCUUAUCGCUCUGCUGUUGGCUCAAGAAAAGAAUGGGAAGACCAGCAGCUGCAGACCAGGGCAGGAGCCCUCCCAGCCCCGUGCCACAGGUGUCCAACUACAUCAACUCAGCUGCCCCACUGCAGGAACAGUUUGUAUACGAGAAUGUGAAUGUCGUAAGCGGGGACGAGGUCUACUCUUUGGUGUACCACAGGCAGCAAGAGCAGCAAGCAGCAGUAGAUCCCCAAAGGACACAUACCGCAGACCUGGAUGCCUCAGCCAUCUAUUUUAAGCUGAAGAAGGCAGGCCCUGCAGAUGUGGACUAUGAAGACGCCAUGUAAAGUCCUGGAAGAUUCUGCUCUUUGGAAAGCAUCCAUGACCCCAAGCCUCAGAACUGAUAUGUUCUUCAGAGAUCCUGGAGUAGUCAGCUUUCCAGGACUUCUCAUCUAGGUGCUUCCCCUCACCCUCCAGAGUCUAUUCCUGCAUCAGGCUAAAAGCCCUGAAGAAACCAUCCAAAAGACCCAACAUGAACGCAGGGGUGGGGCCUCACUCCCACUGGUUCUUUUAGGCACAGGUCAAAUUGUGCUCUAACUUCAUUCUAUAAGAGGAAACAGGGUGGGUGACCUUGGGGUGGAGGGACAGUGAAGCUCACUUGGAGUGCGUGAACAUGAGGUUAACGAUUCUGCAGGCAGCUGUGCAGAGGUGAGUGCCCAUCCUCUUGUCCAAGUGCAGAUGCCCUCUGUGUUGAACUCCAGAAUAACCCUGGCACAUACAUGACUCUUCCUGUUUCUGCAUGAAAUAUGUGACUCGGGGCACUUGGAGUCACUAUAUCAUUAUCCACAGUGACUAUGGGUACAUUCAAUUUCGGUGACAUGUUUUGUAUGCACAGACUCAUCUAGACGCCCCCAUAUUUAUCAUGACAUACAAUCUUUGUGUCACCACACACAAAGUUCUGUAUUUGCUGCACCUCUAGAAGCUUAUGAAUAUAAUUUUUCCUCUUUUAUUUACGAACUUCAAAAAAAAUGUGACAAUACAAUUUGGAGUCCAUGUUUUCAUUUUAAAACAGUUAUACACCAACUCUUACAAAUUAAAACAAUUUAGAAGCAUAUAAUAUAAAAUGUUGGAGCCUUCCCUAUAUCUAACACCACAAGUGGUACCCCUGUGUUUAAUAACUGAGCAUUGAUGGGGUGCCUGGGUGGCUCAGUUGUUAAGCAUCUGCCUUCAGCUUGGGUUGUAAUCCCAGGGGCCUGGGAUCAAGCCCUGCCUGGGUCUCCCUGCUCAGCGGGAAGCCUGACUCUCCGUCUCCCACUCCCCUUGCUUG